UUUACAUGUGUGAAUGUAAACUAAUUUUUAUGGGAAAGUUGUAUGUGAAUAUGUGUUAAUUACACCGUCUCUGUGCAUUCCGGGAGCAGCGCAAAACCUCUGCUUCGACGCCCAAAAACACUCCCACCUUGUCUAGUCGCGUGCGGGCGUCGUUAAGUUAAUCUAAUCUAAGGAAAACCAGACAGUCCAUGCCCAGCGACUGCGCUGCCCCUCGGGCCUAAAAAUUGUAAACUGUACGAAGCCGGCUGGACAGCGGCGAAGCAUUAAACAUUUGCCAGAGGACGCCGCCGGACGCAGCUCAGCUCAGUGCAUAAUAAUAAUAAACAAAUAGGCGACACUCCCCAAUUACGAAACGACACAAUGGUGGCCCCGUCGAAGCUGAGUCAAGUUUUUAGCUACCAAAACUGGGUGCAUGCCGUCUCCGGUGCUGCCGGUGGCUGCAUAGCCAUGAGCACCUUUUACCCACUGGACACGGUGCGUUCCCGCCUGCAGUUGGAGGAGGCAGGUGAGGUGCGCAGCACUAAGCAAAUGAUCAAGGAGAUUGUGCUGGGGGAAGGUUUCCUGUCGCUGUACCGCGGACUCGGACCAGUGUUGCAGAGUCUCUGCAUUUCGAACUUUGUUUAUUUCUACACAUUCCAUGCGCUCAAGGCGGUCACCUCGAAUGGCGCACGUUCACAGCAGAGCGCGCUGAAGGAUCUGCUGCUGGGCUGCAUCGCUGGCAUCAUUAAUGUCCUGACAACCACUCCCUUUUGGGUGGUCAACACGCGGCUGCGCAUGCGCAAUGUGGCCGGCACCUCGGAUGAGGUCAACAAGCACUACAAGAGUCUCGUCGAGGGACUCCAGUAUGUGGCCAAGACAGAGGGCUACGCCGGCCUGUGGUCGGGCACGAUUCCCUCGCUGAUGCUCGUCUCGAAUCCUGCGCUGCAGUUCAUGAUGUACGAGCUGCUCAAACGCCACAUUAUGACCUUCACCGGCGGAGAGGUGGGAAGCCUGGGCUUCUUCUUCAUUGGAGCCAUUGCCAAGGCCUUUGCCACCGUGCUGACGUACCCCCUGCAGCUGGUGCAGACCAAGCUGCGUCAUCGCAGCAAGGAGACAGCAGCAGCGCCCUCAACGUCCCGCCAGGCGUCGGGCCAACGCACUGAGAGCACGCUGCAGAUGAUGAUCAGCAUAUUGCAGCACACCGGAGUGCGCGGACUGUUCCGUGGCCUGGAGGCCAAGAUUCUGCAGACCGUGCUGACCGCGGCGCUGAUGUUUAUGGCCUACGAGAAGAUAUCCAGCACGGUGGGGCUGCUGCUCAAACGGAAUGCAUAGAGACGGGCGGGCAGGGGAGUCUAGUCUAGUCUACUCCAUUUUUACUAAUUUAAGUGACUUUGAUACGGAUCCGGACAGCACACACACACUCCAAAGCUAGCAAUAAAUCCAAGGAACAAAUCUAAAGUA